ACCGCGAUGUCAUUGAACGUCGCUCGUUGCGGCAGCAGGUUUCGCAGGGAGGGAAGAGAAUUAACGUUUCAGCCUGGCCCGAUACAAAGAUUAUUACCUUUAUUCCGUUUACAGGGCUUGUGUUAGCAUCCCACAGUUUUAAGAUGCUGCAGUCCGUUUCCAGUUGUUCUUGCGUGCGACUGAUCCAGAACCACAAAUCGACGUCGUAUUUUGUGGUUCUGGUGCUGAGCUACAUCCUUUAUCUGAUAUUGGGGGCUGUCGUCUUUUCGUCCGUCGAGCUACCUUAUGAAGCUGCCUUGCGCCAGGACUUGAUGACUACGAAAAAACAGUUCCUGCGGGACAACGAGUGCAUCACCGAGGAGAGUCUGGAGCGCUUUCUCAAGGAAGCGCUAGACGCGAGCAAUUACGGCGUCUCCAUCCUCAACAACACCGCUACUAACUGGAACUGGGACUUCACUUCUGCACUCUUUUUCGCCAGCACGGUGCUCUCCACCACAGGCUAUGGUCACACAGCACCACUGUCAAAGGGUGGCAAGGCUUUCUGCAUCAUCUACUCUGCGUUCGGCAUCCCGUUCACCCUCCUCUUCUUCACUGCCGUGGUGCAAAGGAUCAUGAUUUACAGCACAAGGAAGCCCAUUUUGUACAUCCACACACGCUGGGGUCUGUCCGAACCUCUGGUGGCCAUCGUCCACUCAUGUGUUCUCGCCUCUUUGGCCAUCUCGUGCUUCUUCCUCAUCCCCGCGGCCAUCUUCUCCUCACUGGAGGACAACUGGAACUACCUGGAGUCUUUCUACUUCUGCUUCAUCUCGCUUAGCACCAUUGGAUUGGGAGAUUACGUGCCAGGAGAGGCGGAUAACCAGAGGUUCAGGGAGUUCUACAAGUUGGCAAUCACUUUUUACUUGAUCCUGGGUCUGAUCGUCAUGUUGGUGGUCCUGGAGACUUUCUGCGAGCUGCAGCAGCUGAAGAAGCUGAGGAAAAUGUUCUACCUGAAAAAGGAGAAGACGCGGGACCGCCUUGCCAUCUUGGAGCACGACCACCUGGCCUUCACCUGCGCGUCAGAUAGAAUACAUGACAACGACAAGGACAACAUGUUCAUUAGGGCCUCAAAUCUGUCCUCUCGUAGUGACGACUUCAUGAUUCAGUAGUGUUAGACCGAGACAAUUAUAAGAAAUCACAAAUCUCCGAUGUACUGUAGUUGUAGCUCGUGGGAGCAAAGGUUCAUUAUGAGAUGCCCGUUGAGUACCGGUAUAUGCUAAAACAUUCUAGGAAGUCAUCUUGUAAUUGAGCUAAAAUUUAAGGCUUUUUAGAAAGGAGAAUUUCUGAAUAGUUUGUCAAAAAUAGUUGACAAACUAUUGACUGUUGAUAUUGCUUCAAGGUGUACAGUUGUGGGCCUUUUAGAAUUAAGACCCACAUCACUGAUUUCAGAACAGGCUUGGUGAUUAUACAGGUUGAUCACUGACAGUUGUUCUGUAAGUAUUGGCAUCUAUGCUGCUCUGGUUGUCUUGCUGAUUGGAAGAGGUUUCAUGAGGCAAUGUGUCAUAGUGUAAAUGGUGCUGGCGUUAAUGUCCUAAUAGUUUAGCUGUAUUUUUUUAUUUGGCAAAUUGGCUUUGAGAAACUGACAUCGGUUCUCUGUCUGUGCUACUUUAUCUUUAAUGAAGAUGUAACGUUUCCUGCUCAUUCCAGUUCUUGCGAUUAUUUGUGUUGUUACACACUUUAAUUAAAUGUUUUGUCUGAUAUGAUGUGUUUAAUGCGUACACAAUUUCGGAGAAAGGGGAAUCGAGAUUUACCUUUAAGUGGAAGGGAGACAGUUUGCACAUGUAGAGGAACCGGUCAAUAUGGUACAUGUGUUUGUAAAUAUCUCAGCUGCAUUGUGAAAUAUGUUGAACAGGUUGCAGCCUUAACCUUAGUCAGCUUGUAACUGGACUAAAAAAAAAAACAUGCCACCAAAACCAACCGAGUUUCGAUGACAAAACACUUCUAAGUGUAUUUUUUGAAUGCAUUCCCAGCCGGAAAUAAAUUGCUCUGGCAAAUAUAUUGAUAUUUAAAUCCAUGUUUUGAUCAUGCCUUUUGCUACAAGUUAACAUGCUAAUCGCAGGAUAUAUUGUAUUGUGUAUGAUGUUCUUUACCACUCAGCUCACGAAGCUCGGCAGGGUCAUGUUGAUUGUCAAGUGUAUGUGAUAGCGAUGAUUAUUACCAAUGUCUUUGAUAUAUUUGAGGAAAUUUCAUGUGUUUGCGAACUGUUUUUAUAUGUCUGCUGGAGGGGGAACUAGACCUUAAAUGUUGUUUUAUGAAAGGCGCUUACAAAUGUGAUGUAUUAUUAUUAUUAUUAUUUCAUUAUUGCUGUAAGAUAUGUCACUGUUCAGUGGUUGCCUUGAGUGAAUACAUUUGUCAUCAUGAUUGCAAAUGGAAUUAAUUCACUGAUUUUGACAACACAAGUCAGCAGCAAAUGCGGAUUCAUGUCCAUAAUGCGCGUUGGAACCAUUUUUUUCUAAGGAAAGAAAUGACUUGAUUGAUAUUUGUGUCACUAAAAUAAAGUGCUGUUUGGUUUGUAA